AUGAUCGGGGGUCUUCCGGAAGUCCAGAUAGAAUGGAAUCCAGAAAGUCGUUGGAACAAGGCCAGGGACUUGCGCGAUUUGCGUACCUGCCGGGCGUGGCCUGGUGGUUGCGAGUAUGGGCGCGACAGGUCGUCUUCUCCUCGGGGAAGCUUCAGUCGUCGUGAAUGGAAAGAGAGCAGUAUUGAGGACCGGUUGCAGCGCCUCGAGCGGACGGUUCAGUCUUUGAACGACUCAGUUGAGAAAGCCUUGCAGACAAUCGCGCAAGUCUCUCAGAGAGAACCGUCACAUAGGGAGGGGUUACAUAGAGAGCCGCCCGAAGAAGGGCCAUUCCAGUCCCAGAGAGACUUGCUUUGGAGAGAAUCAUCCAAGAGACCGCCCCAGAGACCGCCCCAGAGACAGACCUCCCCCAGACACACUUCCCACCUACAGACUUCCCAGAGAGGAGGCGGUACUCAAAAGCGAGACUCUUCCAAUCCAACAACUGCAGCAGAGAGUAAUAAAGAUUCGCUUUACAUCGCCCCAUCGCAUUCGUUCUCCUUUCUGAGUGACACGUCAGUCAACAUCGAGGCAGUUCCUGGCUCACUGAGCGAAGCAAGUCGGCAAAACGCUUACUCGGAGCUUCAAUAUCUAUCAAAAAGUCUUACCACUGCGCGGGUUGAUCGCCAUCCUUCAGAAGACAUGAACACUUUCUAUGUGCCCUCCAGGGCUAUGGGAUACCGCUUACUGAGUCAAGUCCUGGAGUGCUCUGAGCUUGCCGAACCAUUCUUCCGCAUGCCUUCAGAAGACGUGAUAAAACAGGUAUUAUUCGAACCAGAAAGCGUCCAGGAGAAAGCGUGGGUUGUCUACAUCAAUUAUCUGCUGCUAUCCAACACCUCGCGCGACCAUGACGACAGUGAAGAGAAAGUGAUCCUCCGGCAUAAUGUGAAAGUUGCGCUGAACGAUAGCAACAUCUUUCUUGAACCACGCGAGGCCAAUGUGCAAAUGUUUGCUUUGCUAGCCAUGCAUGGCGAGGAUUAUGCUGCACCAAAUCUAUCCUGGAUGCUAUUGGGUCACGCGUGUCGGCAGGCUGAGGCCCUGGGAUUCCAUUUCCCGGCCCCCCAGCUUUCCGAAUCACUCCAGGAACAACGGCUGUGUCUAUUCUGGCUCUUGUUCAUGAUUGACAAGUCUUGUGCUCUUGCCUUCGGCCGUCCGGCAUUCUUGCCGACAACAUUGUAUCGCGAUGUCCCGCUCCCAUCAGACCGCUCCUUACUCCUAUUUCGUCCCCAUGAUAUCGCAGAACCCAGUAAAGCGCCCACUGUUUCACAUGCCUCUCACUUCGGUAGCCAGUUCCUUCAAAGAUCAUUUGACUUGGCCAAGUUGAUGGGAGCUGCGUUGGAGGCUCUAGCAACAGGGGCGGCCUCGCCCACAAAGAAUAGGAUUGGGUCAAAACUCGACACUUGGUAUUUGGAAGCAAACAGGGGACUAUCAAGAACCGUUGAUCUCGUCAGCGCGUCAUCGAAAAACACCCAUGUUUACGAGAUGAGAUUGGGAAUCGAUAGCCUCAGGUUCCAGUACUUGCACCUCAGGAUUCUGUUGCUCAAGGGGAGUGAGCCGGACUCGGAACAGUGCCUAGAGUUUGCUCGCGAAGCUAUUGGAAUUCUGCCGUCAAUGGUGUCGAACUGGAGCUCGGUGUACAAUGGAGUCAUGUGGCAACUCCUCUACUUCCCCUUCACCCCUUUCUUCGUGAUCUUCGAACAUAUAAUCCACCACCGUGGCCCUCUGCCAGCCCUCCAGCGAGAUUUAGGUCUUCUAGCCAUAACAAUGAACUACUUCGCCGACAUGCAAUCGCAGGUGUGCCUGCUGGCUACUGUCUGCUCCCGCCUCCAGCAUGCUGCCGCUGCAUUCCUUAGACUUGCGCGGGUUCAUGUCUUCCAAGCUGAAACAAGCAAUGUUGCGAAUCCAUCUCGUCUCUCAAUUACGCCACAGAUUGACAGUGAAACUACAGACGCGGCUCACUGUUGCACUCAGACUGACAACAGUCCUGACCCUGUUAAUAUAGGGGAACUAGAUCUCGCUACCUAUCUCGAGUGGCUUCCUUCCGACAUCAAUAUGGACAGUACAUGGUCACUUCUUGGAACAGAGGGGCAGAAUCCGACUACUCGCCCGUCUGCUGGAGGAGGUAGGCGGGCGUUCGAUACGACCUUCGACUGGUUCUCGUGGGAUGCAUACUACGCUGGAACUCAGGCCUGAAUAUUAAUUGAUCUUAUGGAUUGCUCUAUUACAACCGAAAAAACAAAAAAAUAACCACGCGUUAUCUGAAUCUAUAUCUCGCUUCCAAAACGCUAAUAAAUUGCAAACCAACCCAAUAUUCCAGUCCAAUCUCUAAAGAUAAAAUCAAAAUAGAAGAAGCCAGCCAAGAGAUUACCAUCACCUCCACAUCCGAUACUCCCAAUCCUUCAAGACAUCCCAAUGCGUCGACACCCACAGAUCAAACGAAUUCCACGGAUACACGAACCAGUUUUUACCUGUGUCCUUA